AUGAUGCCAAAGUAUUGUUGCCUACUACAAAAGAAAAAAGAUCCUAUCGAUCCAAUCGAUGCUUCAGUUGAUAUCAGCAACAUCCUCGUGUGCGCAACGACUGCAAGGUUGUUUACGGUUGACAAGCGUGAUGGAUCGAUCUUUUGGGAUACCAAAUCGCCCAUCGGUUCGAGUGGCGGUAUCAUCUCCAUUUCAUUUCUGGACCAAGACAAGGUCUUAAUAGGAGGACGUGGACGAGCUGCAUGCAUUGAUAUACGAACGAGUGAUCUGCUCUGGAAGCAAAAGAUGCCUCGACGCUGGCUCUGUAACGAAGUGGGUGUCAAUGUCAACCAUCCCAAGUCUCCUGGUGGUGAUACACAAGAAAAGAGCCAUGUUCGUCAGCAUACAAUGGUGGCAGCAACUUGGGGUCGCGUAUUUGCUUUCGAUACUGAAACGGGAGAUCAGCUGUGGCGAUUCAACUGCCCUGAAGGAAGACUCGGGUUUCCAAUGACUCUUAUCGACGAUACGUCAUUGUUUGUGGGCUGUAACACAAUGCUGUAUUCAUUGGAUCCGAUCACUGGCCAAUUGAGAUGGUCUACCAAGCUUGCAAAUUCCACUUUUACGUUUUCCAAAUACAUCACAUUGGCAACAUUCAAUGCUGGUAUCAGUGGUGGAGGUGCCUCAUCCAGUGGACAACCACUCAUCCAUAUAUCCGAUCUUGAAACCAAGGUAUUGCUCGCUAUCAGAAUCACCAUCAUGAUCGCUAUUGCAGUGGCAAAGAACGCUUCGUAA